AUGGACACGCUUCAAUCAGUCCUUGUCGUCGGAGGUUGUGGUUUCCUCGGUCAUCACAUUGUCAAACAUCUCUUGGCCAGGAAGGAUGGCACUAGAAUUUAUGUUAUGGGACGCUCGAACAGCCAACGCCGACGACACGGUGUUGAGUACCUUGAGGGUGAUAUUACAGAUGACACAUCGGUGCAGUCAGUCGUCAACUCUGUCAAACCACAAGUCAUCAUCAAUACAGUCGCUCCAAUCACCUAUCCACUCAAAGGAACACCAGAGUUCCACUAUAAGGUCAACGUAGAAGGGACAGCAAAUCUCAUUCGAGCAGCUGCCGCUUGUCCUAAUACUGUGGCCUUCGUCUACACGUCCUCAGCACAUACUUUACUCGAGACCGACUAUCUCAACGCCAAGGAAUCUGAUCCUAUUGACGAAAGUCCCGAUGGCCGUCGUUACGCUACAACCACUAAGGCUAUUGCUGAUCGACUGACAAGGUCUGCAAACAAUGACUUACCUAUCGAUGCAGGCGGGCUACGCACCGCAUGUAUCAGACCUUGUGCCAUGUUUGGCGAGAAUGACACCCAGCUCCUCCUGGCCAUGCUCAACCAACUACAGGAAAACCGUCAAGGCUAUCAAAUCGGUUCCAACUCUGCCUGGUACGACUUUGUCUACGUUGGUAAUGUGGUAGAGGCACACAUCAAAGCUGCCGAAGCCCUUGUACGCGAAGCUGCUCAAGGAGCAGAAAAAGGCAAACAAAUUGGUGGAGAGUCGUUCUUCAUCACCAACGAUGACCCACGCCAUUUCUAUGAUUUUAUGAGAUUAGUAUGGCAGGCUGCUGGGGAAGACACGUCAACCUUGACACCAACCAUCAUUCCAAGCAACGUCGCUCUUGCCGCGGCUAGUGCUAGCGAUUGGGCAACUUGGGCUUUCACCUUGAGAAGAUCUUCAAAUCCUUUUCCGUCUGAGGAAGAUAUUGAACAUCUAUGUCUGAACCGCACGCAUGACAUUUCGAAGGCUAAGGAGCUUCUGGGUUAUACACCUACUGUCACGAUUGAGGAGGGCAUCCAGCGUGGAGUCAGGAGAUUUUGUUACGAUUACUGA